GGAAAUUAUGAACUAUCAACAAUAAUUACCAAAAACUCUUUAAGAAUUGGAUAUAGACACUAAAGAAUUAAGCAAAAGAAUAAAGGCUUUAUAAAAUUGGAAAGCCGUCCUUUCUAUAUUUCAAUCAGAGAUUUUUACACCAGAAAUAUUAAUACAUUAUUUCAUGGCUACUUUUAAUGAAGCAGGACCUCAUUAAUAUUUAACAAACAGAUUGUAUCAUAUGCCAAAAAAGUUCGUUGAAUAUUAUAUUCCUUAAUUUGUGUAGAUUAAAUAUACUUAUUUCUAGAUAUAUGGUAAUUAAGACUGGGUCUUAAAGUAUGGAAACAUUUUUAGAAAAUUUAUGUUUCUAAAGCAUUGCAAAUUAUUUUAAAAUAAUUUGGUGUUUCUUUGCCUAUUCUUAAGAUGAAUAGAAGAAUAGUAAAACUUAUUCUAAAAUGGAAAUCUUUUAAAGAGUAAAUUUGUAUUCAAUUCUUUAAGCGAUUAGAAAAACAAAUGAUUAAUGGAGCACUUACGAUAAAUAAUGAAUAAAUUGAAUAAAAUAAAGAUAAUCCAUAAUUUUAAUAGUGUACAUUAUUUUGAUACUUAUUUUAGAAUUGAUGAAACAAUUCAUUGAAAAAGAAUUUAGAUCUCAUUACAUAAUAUCCCAUGAUCGAUUUAUCAUUCAAAUGAUUUAAUUAUCCUUAACUUUAAAAUCUAUUGAAAAUGAAAACAGAAAAUAAUUUCUACUUACAUAAAUUUAAAAGGGUAAUAGUGCUAUAAUUAGAAUGAUAAAAAUGAACAAAGACUUAGCUUUUUUUAGAGGGAUAAUUAUACCAUUUGAAAGGGAUGAUGAAAAGGCUGAAGCAUCUAAUUUAGUAAUUUUAUAAUUUAAAAUAAAAGAUGGUACAUAUAUGUGAAGAAGGAGCAGCUUGCUUUAAUACAAAAACUAGAGUUCCCUAUAGAAUUGUUAUAGAAACAAUCAGUAUCACUGAAUUAUAAGAGAAGAUCAAUUCAAUCAAUUUAAUUGAAAAUGAAAGUGAUAUUUUCAAUGACUCUGAAGAUUUUAUAUAAAUGGAUGUGCCUAAAAAUUUAGAGGAAAAGUUGAAAGAGCUAACCUAUUAAAGAUAGUAGAAUAUUGUUUACGAUUAACUAAUAUAAUAUAAAACUUAGAUUAAGGGUUUUGAUGAUUUAAACAAUCAGACUCAAAAUUUAAAUUCUAAUUAAAGAAGGAGUAAUCUUUUGUCAGAUCAUGAAAAUUCAAAAAUAUCUGAAGAACCUUAAGAAAGAAUGAGUCCUUAAUAAAGUAAAGAUUUAGAAGAAAAAUUAUCUUAAACAGAUUCUGAAUAACAAUAAUUCUCAUUAAAUUCUGAUGUGAUAGAAUAAAACUAAUAGACCUUGGAAUUUCUUUAAUAACCAAUAUAAUCAACAUCAUCAAUAAAUUAUAUUCAGAAUAAAACAAAUUCUAAUUUAAAUCCAUGGGGAGAAGACUGGUAAGAUAAAUUUUAGAGGAUAAAAAAGUAAUCAAAAUAUAAAAACUUUGAAUCUUUAAGGAUUAGGAUAAUAAUGGUUAAGGGAGGAGAUGAUUUAAGAUAAGAAUUACUAAUUAUGCAAGUUAUUUAAAAAAUGCAAGAAAUUUUUAGAUCGGCUAAAUUAAAUUUAUAUUUAAAGCCUUAUGAAAUAAUUGUUAUUUCUGAAAAUUCUGGAAUAUUAGGUAAGUAAUUUUGAUUUAUUUAAUAGAAUUUGUUUAGAACACAAUAUCUAUGGAUGGACUUAAGAAAUAUUUGGCUAAAUAAAAAUUAACAUUGCUUUAGUUUUAUAAAUAAUAUUUUGAUUCUGAAUUUAAUUAAGCUCAAAAAAACUUUGUAGAAAGUUUGGCAGGAUACUCUUUACUUUGUUAUUUUUUGUAAAUUAAGGAUAGACAUAAUGGGAAUAUUUUAGUAGAUAACUAAGGACAUAUUAUUCAUAUAGAUUUUGGAUUUGCACUUUCUAUUUCACCUGGAAAUGCUGGAUUUGAAACUGCACCAUUUAAAAUGACAAAAGAUUAUUUGGAAAUUAUGGAUAAAAAAAAUUCAAAAAUGUUUGAAUAUUUUAGAAAUUUAAUGUUAAAUGGAUUUAUGGAAAUCAGAAAAUAUUGUGCAUCAAUAUUUUAAAUUAUUGAAAUAAUGAUGGAAAAGAGCAAUUUUAAUUGUUUUAAAUUUUUUGAAUUUUAAGAAUUCAAAUCAAGAUUUAUGUUAAAUAAAAAUGAAUAAUAAGUAUAUUCUAAUUUAUUAAAUAUUCAUAGUGUAGAUAAGAAAUUGACAAAUUAAUUUAAAUGAGCAUUGAUGAUUCUCAUACUAAAUUCUAUGAUUAAUUCCAAUAUUUAACUAAUGGAAUUUAUCAUUGA